AUGCGACGUCGUGCUACCGAGGCAGCACCCGAGGAUGCGUUGCUACCCAGAGAAGCAGCCGAGGCGCUCUCGUGCACGACCUCCGAAAUUGUGCGAGGUCUGAGGGUUCUCGUCCAGGUACAGGCUGCGAACUCGCGCGACGCCGGCGCGACCGCCACUGGUGCUGGCAGCAACGAGAGUUUGCCGGCUUUGGGGACUGCACCACCUGGCAGCUGGGACGCUUCGGGCGUUCCGGUGGAACACGCGAGCCCGUGUCUGUUAAUAACCCAGGCCGGGAGCCAGGACGUGGAUCUGGGAGCGCUCUCGAGCCUGGUCCAAGACCUGCUCGCGUUCCUCGGUGAAUGGGAUGAGUUUCUAAAUCCCUCCUACGGUGGUGAGGUCGAUACCGAUGGAGCGCCGCCCGUUCCAACGCUGGACUGGUACGUCGACGCUGACGGGGUGGUGGCGGAGGCCGGUCUGGCGCCGCUGGCUGCGCGCCGCGGCCUUCUUCGUACUGGUGUGCUGGGCGUCGCCCUUGAGAGCUUUGCGUAUCUACCGCCACCGACGCGAAGCUUCCCAGACAUGGACAUGACAAGUUCAGCCGCAGCUGCGUGUCAUGCGCGUCUGGAAGCUCUGAUGCAUCUGCUCAGGAGCUUCAUGAAACUUAUUGUUGCAGUCAUCCUGCCUCCGCCAGCAUCGCUUAUACGCCAGAUCGCGAACGUACUCCAGCAAACACCGCAACAGCGACCGAGCCGAGCCUCGGAGACGGAUUUCGCCGACGCGUCCAUACCGAAUUCGUCGCCUCUUGUGGUAGCAGCGCUUGCUUUUCGUGAAGCGCUCGAUGAGAUCCACGCAGCAGUGCUGCAGCUUGGAGCGCUUCUGGUGCGCCACCGCACGCAUCAACGAAGUGCCGGCGAAGAUGCUCCCUUCUCUGCGCUGGACUGGAUCGCGGAUAUGUUCGUUAGUGCCGUUCGUGCGUUGCCGGCCACGUGGUCCGAUGUGGAGCUCUGCCUGCUCCUCUUCUCGGCAUUUAUCCGCGAACCAGCAUGCCUUGAUCGGCCGACGCCUUGGUCGAAAAAGCACAUUCCCGCGGCUUUCGAUCGGGAAGCUCGACUGGCAACGCAUCGGGAAGCGCAGUCGAUCGCCCAGGAACUGCUUCUGCAGCUGAUGUGUCCCGAGGAGCUCGAUCUUUUCCGCCUUAUUCAUGCGGUUGUCAUGCAGGCGCCGCACCUGGAAAGUGCAACGGCCACGACUACGUGCAGCAUGACGGAUUCUGUGAUGAAUGCUGCAGUCGAGAUUUACCAUGCGGCAUGGGUGCGUUUCUUUCCAGUAGAACAUUUUGCUGAGCAUGUUUUCACGGAGUGCGGUACGCCAGUUGAUCAUGCGCGUAAGGCCUUCCUUGAUGGCUGGCAACCACUGCAGGCGAGGCUCGAUCGUGAACGUGACCAGAGGGCGAACAGACACGGCUUAAUGCGCACCGCUCGCUGGGCGGCACAGCGUCCUAGUACCUGGAUUGUCGUUCCAAAAUGCUCCCCUUCAGACGGUAUUCGCGGCACUGGCACGAGUCGGAAGCGCGUCGCGCUCGACCCCGAUGACCUCUGGUCUGAACUGCAGCAAGACGCACCCUGUUUCCAGCAGGCGCUGAGGCGAUGCGGUCGAGCAGGCGACUGGCACGGCGAGCGAGCGCGCCGCAGCGACCUGGGGACGCUGCAGCCCGAGAACGCCUCCGUCUUUUACAACCCUUCGAAGCGAGUAGGAACGUUACCGCCAAGCUGGACCCGCCUCGCCGCCCUGUCGGCAACGGAAACCGAACCCGGACUCGGCCCGCUGGUGAGGCACGCGGGCACCACCGUCGACAGCAGCCCGCAGGCGGCUGCCGCGUGGGCGCUGUGGGUCCGCCAAGCCGGACUCGCGCUCUACGAGUUAGGGCAGUAUGGGCUGCGUCAGCUCGUGCGAGCUGUGCGCAACCCAAGUGCAGCGCCCUGGUCAGAGUUACCAGCUUUUCUUGAACUCGCGUCUGCGAUCAUGCAGUUUCACUUUUGGGAACAGGCCGCGCAGGUCGCUGAGCCAACCUGGUGCGCCCGAAGCCGCGCAGUCUUGCUGCUGCUGGAGGCGCACGGAUAUGGCCGUGUGCCGGACGACCUCAGUGCAUGGCCGUCUUUGUGCCUGUCCGAGAUGGUCCACGACAGCGAUAUCGCUGACAAGUUGCAUCACGAAUUAACCCAGCGUUUCUAUCGGGAUCAGAGGCCGACUUUGCCAGAAGCGAGCACCGGUGAGCGGUUUACUCAGCAUGCACCGCCCAACAGCAAAUGGAAACAGGCAUUGAUGGACGCUUUGCUGGGCGAUGUGCCACUUCAAGCUGCUCUCCAGAUUCUCUGUGCCUGCAUUCGCGUGCACUCGGGGGGAUGUCGGCGACGCUCGGCGGCAGCAGAGGAGCACCAGGAUGCCUGGGAGCAGGACAGCUUCGGUACCGAGUCCGAGCCUCCUGUUCUGGCGGUAGCCUACCUGGUGCCGCCCGAGACCAUCAUGCGAUUCGUGUUCCUUCAAUGGCGGGCGCUACUCGCUGAAGUGGACGGCCUACGCCGUCUCGCUGCUUUCUGCUGUGCCAAUCGCACCGCAGUAUGCACCGUGGCGCGCGCGAUCCCGCGCUUGGAUGGGCGUCGGUGCUCGCGCCUGUACCUGGAUCGAGCGUUCAGUCUGUUGUGGCUUUUCGCAUUCGUCGGUAAGUGUGUGCUGCCUCGGCCGCAUCACGAUUUGGACGCAUGUACACCUGCAGAGAAUCACGAGUUCGCGCGGUGCAUCUACGGAUUGCCACGACUAGGGCACUGCCUUUUGCUACCGCUCUACGAGGUGCUGGUGCAGACUUGGCCGGCGCCGUUGUAUCAAACCAGCGGCUGGCUGCGCGCGCUGGACCUCUUGGCUCAGUGCUGGACCGCUGCAGCUGCUUUUGGCGACGCUGAGCCCGCUACUGCAGCAGUUUCAUCGCAUAUGUUCAGUUGGCAUGCGCUGCUCGUCUGUAGCGCAGCAUUCGAGAGGCGCGCCGACCACCAGCGAUCCCAGAGCGGUUUGCGCCUGUCCGCGUGCCGGGAUGCAGCGUCGGCGCUCGACGAUAUGGUGCAGCUGAGCAGGACGCUUGCCUCUGCUUGGCGCAAACGGCUGGCUGAGCGCCCGUUGCUCCUUAUCGAGGCGCUGAUUGGUCGUUGUAAGGGUCGCCCAGCCGCGGUCUCGGAGGCGAGGGAAUCAUUAGCAAUGCAUCGAGCGCCGCCCCGAAGCAGUGCGUCUCCAGACCGACACUUGACCGUACCGUCGACUGCUGGACAGUCGCUUGGCCAACCACCGACCGGUACCGUAGCGGACGAGCGAACGCAGCCAACCUCAUGGUUUGCGUCCUCGCCGUCAUCAUCUUCAUCGUCGUCGUCGCCUCUGAUGUUGACGACACCCCCCGCCCCGAAAGACGCUCGUGGCGUGGAUGCCCUUGCAGCGCCGACCGCACGUGCGCCCGCCAAUGGGCUCGCCGCUCGCAUGCGCGAUCGUCGAGGUAUGCGCCCCAGCCGCCCAGUGCUGCUAUCAGAUGCGACCGAGAGCACUGUCGACGCCUGUACGACGCAGAUCAGGAGCAGCGAAUUCGCGCCCUGUGCCGAUUCAGCUUGA